AUGGUCGAUCAACCUCAUCUUCAUCGUUCUGCUGAAAUUGAAGAUUUAGCUCAUCUAACACAAGAAGAUAUAAAUAAACCACUUGUUGAUAAUAAACAAAAGUCAAAACAAGCAUUAAUUAUUGUUGAUAUUCAAAAUGAUUAUUUUCCAGGUGGUAAAUGGACUCUUAAUGGUAUGGAUGCUGCUGCAGAUAAUGCAGCUCGAUUAAUAUCAGCAGCACGUUCUACUGAUGAUUUAAUUGUUCAUGUUCGUCAUGAAUUUCCAACAAGUGAUGCACCAUUUUUUGCACAAGGAUCAGUUGGUGUUCAAAUUCAUUCAAAAGUACAAAAUCGUGAAGAUGAACAUGUUAUUGUUAAAAACCAUAUAAAUGCAUUCCGUGAUACAAAACUUAAAGAAAUUCUUGAUCGUAAUGGUAUUCGAAAUCUUAUUAUAUGUGGUGCAAUGAGUCAUAUGUGUAUUGAUGCUAUAACACGUGCUGCACAUGAUUUUGGAUAUAAUUGUAUUGUUAUUCAUGAUGCAUGUGCAUCUCGUGAUCUUGAAUUUAAUGGUAUUAGAAUUCCAGCUGAAUAUGUACAUGCUUCUUUUAUGGCUGCACUUGAAUUUGCUUAUGCUAAAACUAUUUCUACUCAAGAAUUUCUUAAACAACAAAAAUUUCAAGAUUAA